UAAAUCCGCGCGCAUUGCAUUUCAGGCUUCAGCUGCAAAAAUCGAAAUGUGGUAAAAACUAUAAUAAUUAAAAACACGAAGUCAGGAGUUGUAGAUAAUACAGUUCUAACUGCUAAUUGUUACCUAAUGAUACUGUGAUUGUUAAUUAGCCUCAAACAAAUAAAUUAGUAUUUUAUAACUAACCUGUAACUGGCAAAGUUCAUAAGAAGUCUAAACAUCGAAUUAAAAAUACUUCUCAAGAAAACAACCAGUCUUCAACACAACCUUUGUUUAGAUUCAAAUAAAGAAUAUCUGACGACAACUUUCUUACAAAUAAUGAAUCGGUCACUAGAAGAUACAUCAGAAGUUACUUCAAAUAGAGAAGACGACUCCCCAAGCAAAGUUCAAAAAAAGCGUGAUGACUAUUUAGAAUGGAGAGACUAUUUUAUGGCAGUAGCAGUAUUAGCUGCAAAGCGGAGUAAAGAUCCUAAUUGCCAAGUCGGUGCCUGUAUAGUUAAUAAGGAAAUGAAAAUAGUUGGUGUUGGAUACAAUGGUAUGCCAGCUGGAUGUAGUGAUGACGAAUUUCCAUGGGGCAAAGAAGGGUCAUCAGCCUUAGAUGAAAAGUCUCUUUAUGUAUGCCAUGCAGAAAUGAAUGCCAUAAUUAACAAGAAUUUAGCCGAUGUCAAGGACUGCUCAAUAUAUGUAAGCUUAUUUCCAUGCAAUGAAUGCGCAAAGUUCAUUAUACAAUCUGGAAUCACUGAAGUUGUAUAUCUAUCUGAUAAAUAUUCACAUAAACCCAAGUAUAUGGCAUCGAAAAGAAUGUUUUUAGCUGCUGGAAUUAAAUGCAGACAAUUUAUACCAAAGCGGGAAAAAAUAGAAAUUGAGUUUACUACGAACAAUAAUAUCAACUGCAAUAAAACAUUGUGACACUUGCUCGCCACUAUACAUUAUGUAACACACUGUACACAUUUUGAUAGGAUAAUUUAAAGGUAUUUGUAUAUUUCAAGCGGAAUGCACAUCUAUAGCACGCACCGUGCACAAAAUUAAUUAAGAUGAAAUAAAAAUUAGUUUUGAAUCUAUUGAUGUUAGAUGUGGAAUCAGCUUUGAAAUGAAAGAGAGAUGUAAAUAAAUUUGUAAAAUAAAAAUU